AGUUAAGCUUUUGUGUGUCUUUGUAUUCAAACUAUAAAAAUGGCGGAAGCCAGAAUUUCGGUGGAUCAGGAGUUCUUGUGUCCAGUGUGUCAGGAUCCCCUGAAGGAUCCUGUGACCAUUCCCUGUGGACACAGUUACUGUAAGAGCUGUAUCGUAGAUCACUGGCAUCAGGAGAAUCAGAAGAGAGUCUACAGCUGCCCUCAGUGCAGACAGACCUUCAGUCCAAGACCUGCUUUAGCUAGAAACACCAUGCUGGCUGAAGUGGUGGAGAAACUGAAGAAGACUGAACUUCCUGCUGACUGUUACGCUGGAGCUGGAGACGUGGAGUGUGACAUCUGUACUGGAAGAAAAUACAAAGCCGUCAAGUCCUGUCUGCUGUGUCUGAACUCUUACUGUCAGAAUCACCUUGAACAACAUGAGGGUUUCUUUAAAGGAAAGAAACACACUUUGACUGAAGCCACUGGACGACUGCAGGAGAUGAUCUGCAGUGAACAUGAGAAACAGCUGGAAAUGUACUGUAUCACUGACCAACAUUGCAUUUGUGUGCUGUGUAUGAAAUAUGAACAUAAAAACCACCACACUGUAUCAGCUGCAGAACAGAGGACAGAGAAACAGAAGCAGCUGAAGGAUAUGCAGAAGACAUUCCAGCAGACAAUCCAGCAGAGAGAGAAAGAUCUCCAGCAGCUGAGAGAGUCUGUAGAGUCUUAUAAGGUGAGUCUGGAGAGGAAGAGAAGUUUGACUCCGUCUCAGUCUGGACUCUCAUCUUUCAGUCCCUCUGAAGCUCACUGUGUGAUUGUGAUGUGUGUCUAACAGCGCUCUGCACAGACAGCAGUGAAGGACAGUGAGAAGAUCUU